UAUUUUACAUUUUAAUCGUAGAAAUACUGCAUAAUUUUCCGGGUUUUAUUAGUCAGUUCCUCCCUCUUCAGAAAUUGAAAAAGAAAAUGCAUCAUCAACCCUUCAUUUCAACCCCUUCCAUCUCCAUCUCCAUCUUCACUUUGUUGUUGUUUAUCAUCUUCCUCCUCCCAGUAUCAUACACCCAAGAUGAACCCAGUCUUAGGCAGUGUUUUAAUGGUUUUGAUUGUGGAAGCGUAAAGGCCCUGGUGUUCCCCUUUUGGAAAGAGGAUAGUCCUGAAUAUUGUCGCCAAGACGGCUUCCAGGUGAUCGAAUGUGAAGAUGAUCAUCAGCCAGUCAUCCGUAUUGGCAAGACUAAAUUCCGAUUGGUUUCCGUGGAUCAGCCUCUUUAUAGAAUGACAAUCGCUAGUGAGGAUUUGUGGGAUCAAAUUUGUAGUUCAGAUCCCAGUCGUAUAACAAAUGUGACUCUGGGAUACUCUUUCUUGCGCUAUUCCGAUAAAAACCACAACCUUACCUUCUUUUACAAUUGCAAGUCAUCAUUUCCAGCACCAACAGCUUCAGGUCAUUUCCGGUGCGGCCAAGAGUUAGUUCCAGUCUAUGCAGAUGAUUUAGUGGGUAGAGGUUCUUAUGAACAGUUUUUUCGCUCUUGCCAAGGCGGCCCUAUCCAAGUUCAGGUUAAUGAGAGCGCUUUCCAACAACUGCAGACUAGGGGGCCCGGAAACGUUGACUCUGAGGAUUGGAAACUGGGAUUUGAUGUGUUCUAUCCUUUGGCUGACCUUUUCUGCGAGAAAUGCAAGAUGCAGAAAGGUUUAUGCGAAAACAUGGCCUCAUCUCGAUAUCCUCUCUGCAAACAUCCUGGCAACGUGAGAAGAACAAAGCUGAUCGUUGGUUUCUGUGCCGGUGCUGGAGGUGUACUAAUCACCAGCCUCUUCUUCUAUUGCUGGCAACGUCACCGCCGUGGUAAAGGGUUCUUUAAAUCAUCUUUCAUAACCGGCAAGAGUUCUUUGGACCGCUCUUUGGCGAGCGAUUAUGAGAAGGGUGAUAGCUUUGCUUGUGUCCAUGUCUUCACCUACGAGGAACUUGAAGAAGCUACCAACAAUUUCGAUUCCAAUAGGGAACUUGGUGAUGGAGGCUUUGGAACUGUAUAUUAUGGCAAACUUCGGGACAGUCGCACUGUUGCUGUUAAACGCUUAUAUGAAAACAACUACAGGAGAGUUGAGCAAUUCAUGAAUGAAGUUUCCAUCCUAACUGGGUUGCGCCAUCCAAAUCUUGUCUCACUUUAUGGAUGCACCUCUCGGCACAGUCGGGAACUCUUGCUCGUAUACGAAUAUGUUGAGAACGGUACUGUCGCGGACCACAUUCAUGGUGAAUGUGCUAAACCCGGGGCACUCCCUUGGCACAUUCGGUUAGACAUAGCCAUAGAGACCGCAAGUGCAUUAAAAUAUCUCCAUGCUUCGGAUAUCAUCCACCGUGAUGUGAAAACCAACAACAUCCUCCUCGACAACUAUUUUCAUGUUAAAGUCGCGGAUUUCGGACUGUCUCGACUCUUUCCAAGUGAUGUUACACAUGUUUCCACCGCUCCACAAGGCACUCCCGGUUAUGUCGAUCCCGAAUAUCACCAGUGCUACCAGCUUACUAGCAAGAGCGAUGUAUUCAGCUUCGGGGUCGUACUAACUGAGCUAAUAUCAUCGAAACCAGCCGUGGACAUCAUGAGGCACCGCCAUGAAAUUAACUUGUGGAACAUGGCAAUCAACAAGAUACAAAACCGGGCAUUACACGAGCUAGUGGAUCCAUCUCUCGAGUUCGAAACGGAUGAAAAGGUUCGGAAAAAGAUAUCCUUAGUGGCAGAGGUGGCGUUCCAGUGCCUGCAAAACGAGAAAGACAUGAGGCCGACAAUGACUCAAGUGUUUGAGGCUUUAGUGGGCAUACAAAAUGAGGAAUACAAGAAAGAAAAGGGUGAAGAAAUAGAAAUGGAAGCAGCAGAGGACGAGGGUGGGUUGUUGAAGAAUACAGCAGUGCCUCAUUCUCCAGAUUCUGUGAUGAUAAAAUGGGUUAGCAAUGGCAGCUCUUCUACAACUACUACAACACCAAGUUUCUAAAUUUCCAGCUAUAUGUAAAUAGUAUCAUAUAUGUAGGCCAUAUAAGGGUGUAUGAAAAAGUCAGCUUUUGUUACUAAAAUUUCAGCUGAUUCUUGCUGGGUUUUUUUUUUUGGAUUAAUCAGUUCCGAGAAAAUGUUAUUUUAUUGUUUGGGAGGGGUGUAAUGUAAUGUAAGUGUAACAAAGGAAUCUAUGCCUUAGUUUUAUGAAUGUUUUCUUGCAUGGAA